GGGAUGUGAGUGCUCUCUAUAUAUUUUAACAUUUGCCAUUUCACUAUCCACUUCAAACUUGUGAGUUGUGACUUGAGAGAACAACAAUGCAGGCUGUGGGUCACUUGCUCAAGCAGUUAGCUGAAUAUUCUUCUUCUCUCUUUCAAGAGGGAUUCUUGGAUGAGCAAUUUUACAAGCUCCGGCGACUUGAAGAUGAAACCAACCCUCACUUUGUGGCUGAAGUGGUCACUCUCUUCUUUCAGGAUGCAGAGAGGCUUGUUGAUGAGAUGGAUAAAGCACUAGGCCAAGAAAACAUUGAUUUUCAAAGGGUGGAUACCCCUCUUCACCAGCUGAAAGGUUGCAGCUCCAGCAUUGGCGCAGGGAGAGUUUUCAAAGUCUGCGUUCCCUUCAAAAAGUACUGUGAGGAGAAAAAUGUUGAAGGGUGCCUGCAAAGCUUGCAAGAAUUGAAACAAGAAUAUGCUAUGGUGAAAAGCAAGUUAGAGACUCUCUUCAAGAUGGAGCAGCAGCUUUUUGCAGCAGGCAUGGGUUCAGGUUCAACUUCUAGAAAGUGAAUGAUAUGGGGCAGGGAUAUGUUAGCUGCAAUUUACAGUAACCAGAAGAAGAAAGCAUCAAUCAUGUUCAGUCUGCAUACAAAGCAAUAACUUCGAUCUCUCUUGUACUUUUCUCUUUGUUUAUGAUUUUGUCAUGUCCACCUUGGUGGUUAAAUUGGAUUUAUUAUCAGAUUUAAACCAUAUCU